AUGGCCACCGCAAUCGGGGACAUCAAUGUGGAGGCCGCUGACACCGAGAUCGGACAGCAGGCAGCCAGACGGCUCACAGAGGUGAACGUGUCUGGUGACACCCCUGAAGACCCGAACACGAUUGGGCAGCCCGUCACUGCCGCCCCGGCAUCACCACCCCAUGCAACACUAAGGCCGGCAUCUGAAGGCCAUACAGCACCUGCCCAGACCGCACCAGAGCCAAACAACAACACGUUGGAACAGGACGGUAUGCCGCCAUCCACUCUUGCUCCACACGAUGAGGACACAACGGGCGACACAACGCUAGCCCCGGACUCGGUGGUAUCUCCCCGUGUUCCACCUACCGUUUUCAACGAAGAGUCGGCGAGAGCCCGUCCCCCAUCCCGUGCUGCCCCGUCUGGUCAUGACCAGUACGCUGAGGCUGUGGAUGGCUUGGCCCCACCCCGUCCCUCUCCGAUUGCCUUCCCCCCCUCAGCCGACUCGGCGGGUAUUGCUCCGAUGACCCCUCCUGUGGACUGUGAGCUCACUCCCCAACUCAGGGGUGUGGAGUACGUGCUUGGCGCCAACUGCCUCCUGCCAGUCACCAACUGCACUAGCUGUCUGCAGCCAUUCGAAGUGGGUGAGACGCUCGUCCGGUUGGUGUGCAUGCACUACUUUCACAAGGAGUGUGCGACCAGAUGGUUCUCCUCCCCCAUUCAUGGUCAUCGCUGCCCGAGCUGCAAUGUGAAUCUGAUCGGUUUGGACAGCUGA